GCCGACAAAAUGGCGAUUUUCUUAUGGUCUCCGAGCGCCUUUUGCGAGUUUUAGUUAUGCUCUUCUAGUUGUGUGUUUAUGAGGCGUCAUGAAUAGCCACGCAUAAACAUUUAUUAGUGUUUUAAAAAUGGAGUCAUCAGCCUCUAACAGCUAUCGGCGUCCCGAUUCCCGUGCCAGCUUAAGUUCAAAUAAUGAAACUCUUUUGACAAAUGAAUUUCCUGGAUUUGGGGAAAUGCCAGAUGAAGUGGUCGAACGCUUUGAAUCCUCACUACCAAUGGUUCAUAUUGACUUGAGUGCGAUUCCCGAGAAAUUCCACGCAAAGGCGAAAGAACAAGUUCUUGGCAACUGCUAUGUGAAAAUUCGUGACCUAGCAAUCCUAGUAAAUAGUAGUAAAGACAAUAAUGAGCGCAAGGCUGUGAAGCGUCCAAGGGAUGACAGCUUAUCAAGAAACAACGAAAACUUUACAACUGCAAGAAUUUCAACUAAAGGACAACAUUGGAAAUUACCAAAAAAGAAAUCAAAGGCAUUAAAAAACCCUGAAAGUUAUAAUGUUAGAAAUGUUAGUGAAACAAGGCUUGUUGUUCAAAAAAAAUUAAUUCAAUAUGAGUUGCCACAAUGCACUCCACUUCGCCCUGAUGUGGAGUACGAGGAGACUGACACAGAUCCCAUUGCUGGACCUUCUCAUAACUACCGCAACCAUUAUGUUACCAGCAGUGUUCCAACAGUCUUUCCAAGGAAGAACCACCCAAUUUUACAGAAUGUUUCAAAAGUUCAUGGUGAAUCAGUCAUGCAACCUGAGUUGAAUACCAAAUCCAAGAGUGUUAAGCAUUCCAAAGGGUGUGUGAAUGUUGGCACUCAGACUGAGCCUCAACCUCAACCUGCCUCAACUCAAACUCAAUUCGAGUUCUUACAACGCCGCAUCAGUGAGCUGGAAUUGAUGAUGGCUUCAAACCGUUCAUUCCAAACUCCAUCGCCACUUCCGCAAAAAAAUCAAGAUGAUGCUGCCUCAGCUUUAUCAACCCCACCAAACUCCGACUCUGGUUCUUGUAAUGGUGGUGUCGAAAAGAAAUCCGAGAGUUCAAGUUCCAAACGAAACUCUACACCCACCAAGUCAGCAUUCAUAGUAGUAAAUCGCUUGACUGACAGUGAUUUACGGCAAUAUGGUGUUGGUCGUAAUUCCUCGGUAUCGCCCACUGAAGAAACACGACCUAAGAAAAGACCUCGUCUAAGCUCAUCAGUUUCUGAUUCAGAGCGACAUUCUUUCAAGAAACCAGAAAAAAGGAGUGAAAAACCCAGUGGAAAGGAUUUAUUUGGUGAAGAGAGCGACGAAGACAUGGUUCCUCAUCCGAAAAAAGUAUUAGAAAAGCCACAACCAUUGGACAUGGAUGAGCUUAAUUACGACUUUGAUGAAGAAGAAGAAGUUGAGGAGUCGCGCCCGGCAAGUGUUGACAAGCAGAAGAAAAGUAAUGAAACUAAUCAACGUGACAAGUCUUCCAAAAGUGACAAAAAGGAGAAAACUUCCGAAAAAGACAAGAGGAAGGAGAAAGAGAGGAAGAAGAAAGAUAGCGAUAAAACGAAAGCUGGCGAACAUUCAAAAUCAUCAAAGGAGAAAAGUGGCAAGGAGUCAAGAAAAUCUGGGAAGAACCCUGUGGCUGCGGUGAAUACCUUGAAAUACAAAAUUCCAAAGAAGUCGGCUCCGCCAACAGUCGGGUUGCCGCCAGACUUGCAACAGAACCUUGAUCAAUUUACGAAAGGAUAUACACAAUCUCCAGCCCAGCAAACUGUAUCUUUAGGAACGUCUGAAUCUGUGCUCCCCAAGAAUACGGUUGUUAAACCAAACGAUCUCGCAAACGUGCCGUCAACAUCAAAGAAUGCAGUUAAACAGCCAGUGGCUCCCGAAUCUUUUGAAUUCUGUGACAAAACAGCUACCCCUAUUCUUUGCAAUCCUCGUGAAAGUGUUAAAGGACGGAUCACCAAAUCUGUAAAUUUUCGCGAGGAAAAUCUUGAAAGUGUUCGUACCAUAAGUCCACUUUGUCAGUUUCAGCAGGCUGAGAGGGCUAUUGAAGUUCCAUCUGUCCGUGAGAAGUAUAUCCCUCUUAUAAUUAACGAUUUGACUUAUGAACCUAAAUCGUCACCAAGAAAGCCCGUAGUUGGGAUUAGGCCGUUCCGCCCGCCUACACGUCGGAUCGGAGACGAGCGAGGAGGAAGACGGUUCGACGCUAGUUCAAGCAGUUCGUCGUCUGAUUCCGCGAGCGAAAUGUCCGAAAACGAAUCAAGUGACAAGAUCAACACAAAUGAGCAUUCCGGGGAAACAAUUAGCGCCUUAUUUCCGCCAAACGAUCUCCGCUUAAGCGUUGAGAAUCAAUCAAUUUCCAAUGGCUCCUCCGUUAUUCCAGAGGAGUCGAGUGGUGAUCCAACUGCACAAGAAAUGGAGGAAACCACAACGCAUUUGUCUUCCACCGCCUCGGAUGAAUUAUGCACACCGAGUUCGGCCGUUGAACCUGUAUCCAUUAUAAAUAAUGCUGCAACAGGAGAUUCCACGAAGGAAGGUAGUAGCUCCGUUGUUCCCAAAGAGAACGCACAGGCAGUCACCCCGAAAAAACUUCCUAUUCCCUCACUGGCAGUUCCUCCUUCUCCUCGGCGUCAGACUCCUGAACCAAUAUCUCAAGUUUCUUCUACUCUGGUGAAAGUAAAAAGCUCAAUCCCGAUGGAAGACGAUGACUCUGAAGAAGAAGAUGAUGUACUCGACAUUGGCCUCAAUGAGAGUUUCGGUUACGAAGAAGAAGAACUGCCUCCACCCAAGCUGCCUUCCAAUACGAUCAAUAACGCACCGGCCAAGAUAGUUUUUGAUCGACCAUCGCCUGCUAAAAUUGUGGCACCAUUGAACAAAGCAAACGAUCCAGCUAUGACAGUCAAGCCGCCAAUCAUUCAAAGGACCGUGAUGGCAAAUCCCCCAUAUCCUCAAGAUGAUGUAGCGAGCACCCGAGGGUUAUGUUUCGAUCUUGUUCGCUCAGGAGGGUGUAAAUUAAGCGACACUCCCAAUAAGAAGUGCGAUUUCAGCCACGAUUUAAACUCGGCUCUUGAUUUCGUUAAUUAUUUGUGCAACAAGAAAGGCAGUGUACCAUUAGCCUAUAGAUUGGUAUGUUGCAUGACCAACAUCGAUUCGCCGCUUAAUAAAACUUUGAGUGAACCCCUUGGAGUUAGGAUAGUCGGAACCGUAAUCAAAGCUAUUGUGAUGGGAAACCGGCAGGAAUAUAUGUCAAUUGCCUUGGAAAUGUUGUGUGAUAAAAAGUUGCCGUUGAUUCCCGAGUUCGUGGAUGGAGUUAUAAAACAAACACCAGUUUCUUCGGCGUCUGUGAAUCACCUAGUGAGUCUUUAUGAACGAUGUCAAUCCGUCGAUUCUUACUAUAAGAUGUCACUAGUCUCAUUUUACAAAGUCACGGCAGUUCUCGUUGAUCAUUGGGAACCACCCUUGAAAAAAUGGGAAUUUAUUUGCAAUAUAGUCGAGUUAGCAUCAUCAAACUACCCACAAUCCUUUCGGCCGUCAUAUGAGGUGCUGUGUUUCCUAUUUGGCGAAGCACAUGAUCAAUUAAGACUUGAACGACUGUGUAUUUUAUUUAAUGGGAUUGAGCCACCUGUCAUUGCGCUACUAGGACCAGAGAAACGUCAUGAAAUACUCAAUAGGUUAAGGAACUUUGGUUUGGUGCACUGGUACGACAGAUACGCGGGGAUUCGCCGCCCUGUGGAGGUCGAGAUGCAUGCGAUGCCUAAUUCGAUUCGACCAACGCAAUCGCAACUUAUUGGGGCUCAACAAUAUUUGCCAAAUGGAAUGGCCAAUCAUCCUCCUCGUGGUGCUAUGCAACCAGUACUUAGGGCCCCACAUCCUAGCAUGCCACUGGCUCAUCAAAUGCCUUCACUGAGGCAACCCAACUAUGGAUCUCAGUUUCCGCUCAUGCCACCAGUAGGUUUACAACGACCUUCGGUUCCUACAUUUCCAUCACCAAGCUUACAUCGACCGCAGCCUCCGAUUGUACCAGCAGUUGGCGUACAUCGUCCACAACCUCCAAAUGUACCAGCAGUUGGCGUACAUCGUCAACAGCCUCCAACUGUACCAGCAGUUGGCGUACAUCGCCCACAACCUCCUGCGAUUCCAAUGGGCCACUCCAUUGUAAACGUACUUCACCCACAAGCACCACCUUCGGUCCCAAAUUCCAUAUUUGAUUUAAGGGAAAAAGUAAACAGACCAGUGCCUUAUGAAAACGGAAGUGGCCCAGUUCCUUCAUCAUCAGAUUCACUUGCAGCAUCAAAUCCCGCAUCGCCCCCAAAGGAAGUUUACCCUGAUGAAACGAAAAAGACUACACCUAUCAUUGCACUGGAAGUCCCUAAACCCGCCCAUUCACUGGAUCUUAAUUUGUUUGAACCGGAAUCGCCGGAGGUGGAGCCUGUUUUUCUAGAGGAAAGUGAGGAAGAAAAGGAACCUCAGGAACCUCGUGUUGUGGUCGAGCUUUCUCAUGCAGGAGAGGAUGAACUUCUGACAGAGUUCAAUAAGCAGAAUUUUAAAGCCGUCACUUCUUGGUAUCUUCAGCACUAUACAGGGGACAGGAAAUGUAGGAUGCUCGCACAACUCGUGCAUUUAAUCAAAACAAACCCGAUUUACGAUAGUGAAGGCAGUAAUCAAGCAAUGUCACCUGGGCAUAUUGCCUUCAAGAUAUUACACACCGCGUUCGUUGAUGAAGAAGGCAAUCCUACUGUGCUCGAUCCUCGGCAACGACAGGCCUUAUGUGACCUGAUUUUUUUCGUUUUGUAUCAUUUUUUGGAAAUGUCCAUGACUGACGACGAGGAUGAAAGAAUGGUUCAAGCAGAAUUGGCAAAAAACUUUCUGGAACUGCUUAUGGUUUUCCAAGAACUUGUGCCUUUGGAGGAUUUUAUAAAACAUCCAGGAUUACUCCAGUUUGUUGCCAAGUGCUCACUAGAAGUGUACUUGUCCAAAGAAGAAGAUGAAGAAGACUUCUUAGGUGUGGUCGUACCUCACAUUGAACGCGCAAUAAUGUUGUUAACUGAAUUCCACAAAAUUAUUAAGAAAAUUCCGUCAUACGUGAAUUUUGAUCUGGUACGCCAAGAUAUGGAUAUAGCAGACCAGUUACUCCAAACACUUGGUGAUUUCCAUCAACGUGAAGGAGCAGAUAGGUUUUCUGCUGGAAUUGCUGGGUUGUAUGAUGAUUACAAUAAUGCAGCCUUGUGCAAUAAAUCUCUAUUCCAAGCAUUGCUGCCAUCCGGCUAAUAGUAGGCGCGGUCAUUUAUCAAACUGAAUAUUGAAUCAUUCGCAUCAAUUUUGUUUCAGACCCGCCUGUUAAGUUCUCAUCUUAUAAUAUGGAUGACUCGGUGUGUGCGAAUACGACCCGGGACAUUUCGAUCAAAUUAAAAAUUGCCGUCUCUCUUUACCCUCAUAUUUUCAAUUUUCACCAUCGCUAAAUCAAAAAAACGUAACUCACCGUAUCAACAUUCUCAUUAAUGACGUUCAUUUUGUCAAGCCAAGAUAUAGUUUGUUUGUAAACACAGAAUAAUGAAAAUACACUUUUGUGCUUUGAAAUAUA